AUGCCGGAUUUGUCUCACAAGGGACAGAUUCAGGCGAAACAAAUGGAAGCACGUCAACUUGAACAACAGCGUCAAGAGCAGAGGCUCCAACAAGAAAAGCAGCGGCAAAUUGACGCUGCAAGGAAGCAGUUGCAGGAGCAGAUCAAGCAUCAUGACAUAACUGCUGCAAAUAUCGACAAGAACACGAUAGCCAUGGUGCACCGAGUAGGAGAGAUUAACCAGUCGCUACAAACUGCUUCGUUGACUCAACUGCAACGUCAACAGCUCUUGCUGGAAUAUAGCAGCCAGUCAGCCAAGUGUUCUAGUCUUCAAACGAUGGCGCAGAACCACCGACUACAAAGGACGCAGCUGCAGAAUCAGCUUGACGCUUUGAAUGCCGGCAGUGGAUCAGCAGCAGUUGUAGCAUCGAUGUCGUUAUCGGCGUCGCCGAUGGUGAUGAGAACCCAUGACACUUCGAUGUUAAUGGACGAUGAGCAGCGUCUUAGAGAAGAAAUUGAAAAGAUUGAUGAAGAUAUCCGAGGCAUGGAAAAGCAAGUACGACGGUUGGAGGAGGAGGAACGAACAUACCAGAAGAAGAAAAUUCAAGCAGAGCAAAUGAUCACGUCCGCUUUUCGAAUCAAUUCAACCAUGCAGGAUUUCCAAGCCAAGCAAGAACUCAAAGAGGCCCAGGACAAUAUGCGUGUAGUUGAACAUUCCCGGCUCACCUUCCAGAAGAAGCUUGACAAUUUGCGUGAGAAUCGUGAGCUGCUGAUCAGGCAACAACGAAUGCUGUUGAAUAGCGGUGGCACAAGCGGCGUGAUUGUUGGUGGCUCUGGUAGCAUGAGCAAAGGAGUACCACCAACAACAAUGUCGUUAGCAGCACAGGCUCAAGCUCAACAAUUCCAUCUGCAAAUGCAGCAGCAGCAACACAAGAAUCUCAUUGGCAUCCGCCAACCAACAGCUGAUUCGAAACCUCCGACGAGUGCUCACUCUCCUUGGCCUGGUUCUUCGUCGGCUAAGGAUAGGGACAAUUCUCAAUGGAGUGACAACAAGCGAAGUUUCAACAAUGUGAUGGAUAGAGUGGUUCACGAGGAGAUUACCAACAGCCAUGCUGCGGCCCAAGCGGGACAUGCCGCCCCACAUUCGUCUGUUGCACCUCCUGAAAUUCGCAGGAAAUCAGGUCUUGAAAUGCUAAACAUUCCACCAGUGUCUGUGGCUCGUCACCCUCAAAGAAGACCUGUGAGUCCAACAUCGGGAGGGGUUGGGAUCCAACGACCUCCUAUGAAUCGGGCAGCUCGGUCGAUUAUGGGAGGGGUACCGUCGUACGGUGCUCUUGUCGUGAACACUUCCCAUGGCGCUACUGGCUCACCACAAAUGAGCUCACAACAUAUGUCGCCAUCAGUGUCAGCAGCUACUUCAUCUGCAGCAUCAAACGUCUAUGCCCACUUCCAGCAAUCGCUCAACGCUUGUUCCCCUGCCAGCCAACUCACCAAAGCGCAACCCAUGGCCUCUCCUGCUGUAUGCGUCAAGUCGGAGGUUCCUUCUACUGGGGUGCAGUCUCUCACCUCUCCCGCCGUACCAAGCACAUCUGGAGUCCUCUCUUCCGUUUCUGCUUUCCAGGAGCCGACUACUUCCACAUCAUCAGCCAUACCUCCACCUCCCACCCUUCAGUUCCUCGCCACCUCAACAGUUAGUGGUCCCCCAACAUAUGAACCGAUCUCACCAGAUGAUGGGGCUCCAUCGAGCCCUGUUACACGCGCAGAAGCUCCUUCGACAUCUGCAGCAUCUUCUCAAGGUUCAAGGAUGUUCUCAGCGCUUGAUUUCGACUUUCCGCUGGCUGUGGCACCAUCGUCAACUGCUCCUCCCCCGCUUCCUCCGUCAUUGGCGCCUCCGCUCGCAGAGUUGCUUAGAACGGCCGGAACUGAACCUGUCGCCACCACGAUGACGUUCGAACCAUUGUCGGAUGAUGACGACUAA